AAAUGUUUUCCUUUCAAAAAAAAUCAUGGUAACUCGAGUGUAUUUUGUCUAUAGGAGUAAUUAUUUUAGCUAUUUUUUCCAGUACAUUCCGCCCCGGGCUUAGAUCAGAAUUAUCUUCUUCAGCUACUCAACAAUCAAGAUUCAAGAUGUGCCUGAUCUAUGAUCUAUUGUGUUAAAUUGGGGCGUCCUCCUCUAAAUAUUUGAAACUAAAGUGGAUCUCAUAGCACUUCGAUCGAAUCGCUGAAACUAUGAAUUUCUUCAAAUCGAUUUUAGCCGAUGAUUCGGAUUCUCCCGAGCCCGAAAAUGACCGAGAGUCUGAGCAGCGCUCCCCAUUCAGGCAACACGUAAAUCCAGAAGAAACUGAGGAGGAUGACGAUGACGAUGAUCGGAAUUUCCAAUCAAGAGACGAUCUCAAUUCAAGCUCCAGCUCAACUACGGCCAAUAGCAGUGCGGGUGGUUGGAGUUUCGGAGGUCUGAUGAAGACUUUGGCCUCCCGAUCCGAGUCCGUCCUCGAAACUUACCGCAGGGAUCUGGAGGAAUUCGGGUCUGGUCUCAAGAAAGAGACGGAUCUAAUCCGGGAUGUUGCUAGCCGCGCGGUCAAGGAGCUCCCUGAUGUCGGCGCGUCGGUGGCUCAUGUUUCUUUGGGAUCAGUCAGCAAAACCAUUGAUGGAGUGUUCAAAUCAACCGCUGAGAUCAUUUCUCAAGGUAAAGACUCUCUCCUUCAUGCACCUUAUGAGGCAGCGGCCGAACCUGUAACCCCGGAUGCUAGCCGGAACAUGGAUUCUCGUCGUUACAGUAGGCUUGAUGCGCAGCUGACCACAAUCCAAAAUGAUCCAAAUACUUUCUCGGAGGAACCAGAGGAUUUUGAAGAGUAUAGGAAAUGGAAAUCAGAGUUCAACUUAAAUGAUAAGCGGGAUGAGUUUGUAAACUUGAUUGCAGAAAACAGUACCCUAGAGGGUGUUUACAAAAGGCUUGUACCUACAGGUGAGGUUGAUGAAGAGACCUUCUGGUGUAGGUACUUUUACAGGGUGCAUAAGCUCAAGCAGCAAGAGAGUGUUAGAGCUAAGCUUGUGAAGAGAGCAAUAUCUGUAGAUGAAGAAGAAGUAUUAUCCUGGGAUGUAGAUGAUGAUGAGGAUGAUGGUGAUCAUGAGAAAACCAGUAAUGCAAAAAUAACUAGCAAUGAACAGGGGAGUAAUGAACAAGCUGGUAAUGAUAACAAUCAAGAUUCACCCAUAAUUGCAGAGCCAGUUAUUACAGCUAAUAAUGAUGAAUCGAGAGAUGUGGGUGCUGUUCCUGUUGACGAGAAGAGACAAACUGAAGCCAAUGCUGAUAGUUCUCCUGAAACGACUACUAUUAAAAGCUCUAUUGUGGAAUCCAGUGGGGAUAACAAUUUGCCUGAAGAGAAGGCUGAAGAAAGUUUGGAAGGGGCCAAGGAUACUUCUGCUUUAGUGAAGUCAGUGGAGGAGGAAAGUGAUCAGGGAGCUUCGGGUAAGCGCAAUGGCAAUUCUUCUUUGCAGGAGGAAGAUGAAGACUUUGGCUGGGACGAGAUUGAAGAUAUUGAGAGUGGUGAUGAGAAAAAAAUGUCUUCUUGUGUUCAAAGUGCAAAUAGGGAUGAGGUGAGGAAAAGGCUUGCUGAAGAAGAUGAUGAGAAUUUGAGUUGGGAAAUUGAAGAUGAUGAUGAGCCUGCUAAAGCUUGAUUCUUGGCCAAUCUCCUGAAUUAUUGUAUUUGGAUACUUGAGGUUCUCAACAUAAUUUAUGAAAAGAUAUACAGCAGGAGCUUGCAAGUAAGACAAAGAUGCACAUUUUAGAGAGUUUCUAUUUGUGUAGUUCGCCUGUUGUUUUUAAAUUGUCUUCCAUGUUGAAAACUUUCCUUGAGAAAUUGCUUUGUUUGAUAUAGUAGUAAACUGCAAUAUUAAAUUUGUUAUUUUGUUGACAGUUAAUCCCUAUGCAAUUGCCAUUUUGUAACAAAUGAACGAUUGGGCAGUUUGAAGCGUCUGAUUAAUGGUAGCUAUGAACCUCCUGUAUCAUUAAGGCCAGCAAAGCUGCAGCAUAAGAAAUACUCCGUAUAUACGGAACAGAGUAUAAAGGCUAGGAAGGGCACGAGUUCUAUCCUCCAAACGGUUUCUCAAUCUUGUAUAGAGCAGCAGUUGAAUUUCUAAAGAAGAAAAUGUUGUUUUUCUCGUACUUCAAAGAUUUGGUAGGGAGAGAAGUGACUGUGGAACUGAAGAACGACUUGGCGAUAAGGGGAACCCUUCACUCCGUGGACCAAUACCUUAACAUUAAGCUCGAGAAUACUAGGGUUGUUGACCAAGACAAGUUCCCUCACAUGCUUUCAGUGAGGAACUGUUUCAUCAGAGGGUCAGUGGUGAGGUAUGUGCAGUUGCCACCAGAAGGAGUGGACAUUGAGCUGCUGCAUGAUGCUACGCGGAGAGAAGCUAGAGGCGGAUAAAUUCUAGGAAGGAUUAAUUAGCUGUGACGAAACACCUCUGGUGACCUCCCAAUUUCGUGUAUCUUGCGUAUUUUAGCUCUCUUUUCUCUGGAUUAGUUGUUGAUAUCUCCCAAAGAUAUGCAAACAUGUAGCUGCAUUUUGAUAUGCACCGUUGACAUUUACACACUGAAAUUCUGAAUGAAUGCCUUGGAUUGGAAAGGAAAAUGUAAUCCAUUCCCUUUGGAUAAUGACAUGUGUUGCGAUAGAUAUUGCUAGCAAAAUAUACUGCAUCAAGGCUUCCUACAGAUCUACACGAUCCCUAGAUAUGGCCAG